AUGGUUUCACCGCCCCUGGGGUUUCCUGUGGCCCAAAGUGGAGCCCUGGCUCCUCAGAUUUCUGGAAACACUAGCUGGGUGGCUGCCACCCAGUCAAAGGAGGAAGGACACAGAAGUAACAAUCACACGGCUCGACUGAUGCUCUUAAAAGUGCUGCGCUUCUUGGCCCUCUCGUGCUCGUCAUCAAACCCCUCCGACUGGUGA